AUGGCCUCCGCCGAUCCCGAGAAUAGGGUCUUUGAAGAAAACCCGAGCCGGCUGUCGAUAGACGCAGGGGAUACCACUCAGAAUGGGGGCCUCCCACGGGCCAGAUCGAGGCACACCAGCUUCCUCCUCAACAACAACUCCACCGUGGACUUCAACCCCGGGCCGCUCAACAUGAUGAGCAGCGUGCCGGACGCCUUCAGCCUGCCUCUUUCGUGGUGGAAUCUGAGCUAUCGGGUGGGCGACGUCCAGAUCCUGGACGGCCUGACAGGCACCGCGUUGCCGGGCCGCUGUCUGGCGAUCAUGGGCUCCUCCGGCGCGGGCAAGACGACUUUUCUCAACGCGAUUUGCGACCGCCUCGCGUCCGGGGGGGCGAUCAAGCUUUCCGGGAGCCGUCAGCUCGGCGAUAUCAAGUACGAGCGGCGCUUUCGCAAGGCGUUGGGGUUCGUCACGCAGGACGACAUCCUCUCUCCGAUGGGCACCCCGUACGACGCGAUAUGGUUCGCCCUGCGGACGCGACGCGGGACGGACCGCGUGGAGACGCACGAGCGGGUGAUGGAGCUGUUGGAGACGCUGCGGCUGACGCACUGCAAGGAUACGAUCGUCGGCAUCCCGGGCCUCGUCACCGGCCUUUCGGGUGGGGAGCGGAAGCGGUGCAGCAUCGGCGUCGAGCUCGUCAGCGAUCCCAAAGUGCUGCUGCUCGACGAGCCAACCUCGGGGUUGGAUUCGGUGACCUCCGCGAAGCUGGUGAAGCAGCUGCGGGAGCUCGCGCGCGUCGGGCGGACGAUUAUCUAUACCAUCCAUCAACCCACCGCGGAGGUGCUCUCGUCUUUCGAUGACCUCAUGCUCUUGACGGGGGGCCGCUGCGCCUACCACGGCACGAUGGCGGAUUCCCUUGACUACUUCGAAUCCAUCGGUUUCAAGUGCCCCGAGCACUACACCGCGGGGGAUUACUUUAUGAAGCUGCUGCAGGACGAGCGGACGUCGCACGUGAUCGUGGAGCGGUGGGAGCAGCACUUGAAGAAAGGAAAGCGCACCCCGCACACCACCUCCAUCCGGCUCGCGGUGAACCCUAACGAGUCCACCACGGCGAAGUUCUUGAAGCUCUAUAUUAAAAAAUUUGGAAGAUCGUCGCUCAUCCAACUCAACGAGGUAUUUUUUCGACGAGUUAAGGAGAUCAUGCGAGAUCGGCUGUUCAUUAUAUCGCUCGGCAUGCAGGAACUGUUCUUUUCCAUCAUUGUCGGCUUGAUCUUUCUGCAUAUUGGUAAGGAUAUUGAAAGCAUUCAGGAUCGUACGGGUCUUUUAUUCAUGGUUGUUGUCAAUCGUGCGUUUUCGUCCGUUUUUACUAUUUUGAACUCCUUUUAUAAGGUUCGUCCGGUAUUCAUGCGUGAGCAAAAUGCCGGUGCCUACUCGCCACUUGUUUACUUCGUUGGUACCAUGACCGCCCAGUCUCCACCGAUGAUUUUCUUUUGCCUUUUAGAAUGCAUUAUCAUAUACUUUCUAGCUGGUCUCUACAUCUCGGCUGGAGCCUUCUUUUUGUACUUUUUCAUUAACGUGUUGCUUCAGGAAGUUGGUGUGGGGGUUGGAUUCCUGCUCUCAGCCUGUUUUGAAUCCAUAACCGUUGCUAGCAGCAUCGUGCCGCUGAUCCUGGUUCCGUUGAAUGCGGCGGGUGGUCUCUUCGCCAGUGUUGAUCGCUUGCGACCGUAUUGGUAUGAACUCGAAAAGCUUUCCUUUAUUCGCCAUGGCUUCAUCCUCCUGAUGCGCAGUGAGUUCAAGCGUCUUGAUCAUAUCGACUGUAACGUGCAGAAGUAUGGUGAGCUGUUCUGCUUGAAUCAACCUCAUAACGGCAAGGAUGUGUUAAUGAAUAUUGGCUUCGACUCGGAUCCGCAAUCAAAAAGUCUCUACAUGUGGUUAUCACUUAUAAUUCUAUGGGUGUUGCUUCGAAUUUUUUGUGUUAUUGCCUUAACGGUGGUUUCCCGCCAAAAGAGUUCAUAA